AUGGAAAAAAUCAGAAACUAUCGCAACUGGACAAUUACUGAAGAUGCCAAGCUCGUGGAAGCAUUGGUAAAUAUGGUGAACAUGGGAGGAUAUAAAGCCGAUAAUGGUUUUAAAUCUGGAUAUUUACUGCAUCUAGAAAACGCAUUAAAGGAAAAAAUUCCUAACUCUGGCAUAUUGGGUAAACCCCACAUUGAGUCAAGGAUCAAAACCAUGAAAAAAGAUUGGCAAGUUGUUUAUGAUAUGGUAAAUGGUACGAACACAAGUGGUUUUGGUUAUGAUAGCUCCACUCAUUCUGUAACAGCUGAAUCAGCAGUUUGGGAUUCUUACAUACAGAUAUUUCCUCAUUACGAGGAUUUAUGUAUCAUUUUUGGAAAAGAUAGAGCUCAAGGGAAUAAAGCCAAGGAUUUUUCCCAAAUGGAAGAAGAUGCAAAUAAUGAAGAGCAAUCAGAACAAGUAGAAGAUGUUUUUGAAGAACAAACCACAGAAAAUGAAGAAUCUCCAAACACAUGCUCAAAGAAGAGGAAAAGAGUUGAUGCAGUUAUUAAGGGAAUAACUAUUGCAGCUAACACCCUUGGAGAAAAACUUGAAAAAGCAGCAAAUAGCAUGAACCAAGCAAUACUAGGAGAAACAGAAGUACAAAAAAAAAGCUUCAAUGGUGAUUCCAGAAAUUUCAAAAAUGCAGUUUUUAAGUGCCUUUGA